GACACUGGUGUGGGCAAAUCAAGUAUUGUGUGGAGAUUUGUGGAAGAUAGCUUUGAUCCCAACAUCAACCCAACAAUAGGAGCCUCAUUUAUGACCAAGACUGUACAGUAUCAAAACGAGCUGCAUAAAUUCCUAAUUUGGGAUACAGCUGGACAGGAGCGGUUUCGUGCUUUAGCCCCAAUGUAUUACAGAGGGUCAGCAGCAGCCAUUAUAGUGUAUGACAUCACAAAAGAGGAAACUUUCUCAACAUUAAAGAACUGGGUUAAAGAGCUUCGACAGCAUGGACCUCCAAACAUUGUUGUAGCUAUUGCAGGAAAUAAGUGUGAUCUUAACGAUGUAAGAGAAGUCAUGGAAAAAGACGCUAAAGACUAUGCAGAUUCCAUUCAUGCAAUAUUUGUAGAGACAAGUGCGAAAAAUGCAAUAAACAUUAAUGAACUCUUUAUAGAAAUUAGUCGCAGAAUUCCAUCAACUGACACCAACCCCCAGUCUAGUGGUAAGGGCUUCAAACUUAGAAGACAACCAUCGGUGACAAAGCGCAGCUGCUGUUGACUGAUCCCGUAGAAAAUCAGACUUGUUUAUACAGUAGGUGGUCUUGGAAGUUAAUAGUUCGUGUUGGGUUUAUAUUAUCAGUCCUAGAUCUUUAUCUGCUGGUGUUCAUACACCCGAGGUCCCACCAAAACGGACCAGUUCACCUGACAUCUGUACAGUCGCAGAACAGACUGCAGUUGUAAUGUCAGCCUGUUUACUUAGACAAAGUGUAGUGUCUCUUGCGUUCAAAGGGAAUCCGUCAUCACUGUUUUGGCCUUGCUUGAAAGGAAGGUGACUAUAUGGAUGGUAGAACUGAAAUGUUUAAUAGUUUUGUAACCAAGAUUUUUGGAGUUUUUCUGUAAAAAGGGAAAUGAGCACUUUUGUGGGACUUAGGGGUGGGAGGAGUCUGGAAGUUAGAUGUCAUUUCUUCCUUUUCUUCAGUGAGCCUUACUUUAAUUUUAAUUGUAGCUAAUCCAAAGUACAAUGGGACAGUUGAUGUGAGGUGGCUACAGAAUAAGCACUGAAGACAAAGAGUAGGCAAAUCAGUCCAUCCAGUCCCCAAAUCCCAUUUGCACUUUUUAUUUAAAGAUGACAUGCACGGGGGGUGGGGACACAUGCGAUAGAUCCUA